AUGGCUGGAUCCACCACCCUGCAGCGGCUGCCACCCCCGAGGGAUCGAGGAGGAGGACCGGCCGGCACUGGUGCGCCUGGGCUCCUUCCUCACGGCGGCCCGGUGACCUUUGAGGAAGUGGCGAUCUACUUUUCUGCAGAAGAGUGGGCAGCACUAACAGACUGGCAGAAGAGCCUCUACCGGGACGUCAUGAAGGACAACUACGAUGCCCUGGCCUCUUUAGGUCUCGCCGUCCAGCCCCCCAGCAUCCUCGUGCAGAGCGAAGGUGGGGAGAAGCCCUGUGCGGGCAGAGCCCAGUUCCCAAAGUCCAGAGGGGAUUCACAGGACAAUUUUGGGGCAGGUGGCCAGCCGGCAGUUAAACAGGAGCCUGCUCUGGAUGAAGAUGGCACAGGACUGCCGUGCUGCCCGCUAUACCUACAGGCCUGGGAGGGGAGCUGUGACCACGGAUCCCCCUGUGAGCAGCCUGUGUGGCCAGAAGGCCCCCUCAGGCCUGACUCUGCGGUGAGCGGAGCGACAGCUCAAUCUCCCUGGGAUACGGGGCCCAAGGGGGCAGACGGCACCAUGGUGGGUGAGCAGGCUCUCCCCGUGGAAUUUCAGGCAGCCCCUCGGGCUGGGGAAAGCAGUUCCUGGCCCCUGAGCGUCCCCCAGCCCAGCACCCAUGAGGAGAUGCUGUUGAUCUGUACCCAAUGCCAGAAAUGUUUCCCCGCCCAUUCGGCUCUCCACAUCCCGUCUGUGAUGCCCCUUGGAGCACUGGGGCAGGUGUGCCCUGAAUGUGAGAGUGGCCCUGUUAAGAAACCCCCAGCCCCUGCUGGUCUCCCAAGCCGAGCUGGGAUGCUGCCCUGCACCUGUGCACACUGUUCCGCGCCGAGCACCCGCCCGAGGGGGGCCCUCAAGGAGGAAAGGCCCUACAGAUGCGGGAGGUGUGACAAGUCCUUCCGAUACGCCCAUGAGUACACCUGGCAUCAGAAGGUGCACGCUGGAGAAAAGACGUACCGCUGCAGCGACUGCGCAAAGGUCUUCCGGCACAAACAGGAGCUGAUGUGGCACCAGCGCACCCACACUGCGGAAUGGCCCCACAAGUGUGCCACCUGCGAGAAGAACUUCCGCUUCAAGCAGGAACUGACGUGGCACCUGAAGACCCACUCUGUGGAGCGCCCCUACAAGUGCCCGGAGUGCGAGAAGAGCUUCCGGUACAAGCAGGAGUUCAUGUGGCACCAGCGGGCCCACGUGGGCGACCGGCCGUACAAGUGCCCGGAGUGCGAGAAGAGCUUCCGCUUCAAGCAAGAAUUUGCCUGGCACCAGCGGAGCCACGCCGGGGAGAAGACUUACCGGUGUCCCGGCUGCGAGAAGAGCUUCCGCUACAAGCAGGAGUUCAUCUGGCACCAGCGAAUCCACACUGGGGAGCAGCCGUACCCCUGCGCUUCCUGCAGCGCCACGUUCACCUGCAGGCAGGAGUACAUGCGCCACCAGCGGCUGCACGACGGUGAGAAGCCCUACCAGUGUCCUCACUGCGAGAAAACCUUCCGCCGGGGCUCCACCCUGAUCCGGCACCGGCGCGCCCACAUGGGCGAGGGGCUCUUCAAGUGCCCCCACUGCGAGCGGACCUUUGGCCAGAGUGCCAACCUCCUCAAGCACCAGCGAACACACGCCCUGAAGAGCGAGCCGCUGGGGGCAGCCUCGGAGUGGAAGCCCUGCCUGCCAGGCUCGGGCAGCCCUGCCCCGCAGGACGCCAUGCACAGCGUGCUCAGCCUGAAGACGGUUGCGGUGGGGGCCCUGCUCCUGCUCAACCUGCCAGAGCCCAAACGGCGGAGAGAUCCGGGGGCCGCGCCUGAUGCUUGGGAGCCUCAGACGUGACCCGACUCGU